CACCUCUCCACCAUUUAAUGCUAUUGCACCCUCUCAAUACGCUCUGCAAUAACUCCUUACUGCCACAGUUUUCUCUUUCUCCUGCACUUCCAUUGCCUUGUAUCUCUUCCUAAGUUCCUUUGAUUCUCCAUCUUCUUCAUGCUCUCUAUUUUUGUUUUUUGUUUUUUUUUUCCCAUUCUUUCUUGAUUCUUGAUUUUCUUCCCUUGACUCUAUCUCCAUAUCCACUCACCAACUUCUUACCAUAAAAAUUAUUUCCAAAAUCUCCAGAGAAACCACUAGCAGACCCAAAUACUGCUUUCUUUUCCACAAGAUAAAGCUAAAGAAAGAAAGGAAACUGGGAAGGCAAAGUUGGAUUCUCCGUAAUCUUAGUUGGGCGAUGUAUAGAUUUAAUAUUUGGAUUUUGGGGAGUUAGUCAGAUAUUAACCUGUUAAAAAUCGUCAACUCGACCUUCUUUAUUUAUUCUCUGUCUCUUUCGUAUGUACGUGAGAACCAGAUAGGCGUAGAAAGGGAGAAACCAAUUCCCCUACGGGGAAAAAGAGAACCAUAGUCAGCCUGCCUGUUUUCUAUACUCUAGAAAAUCCGUGAGAAACCCACUCACCGUGAUCUAAGACCAUAUAUAACAGUAGAGUCAUAAGGAGAGUGAGUUAAGCUACCUAUCAGGCACAGACACGCAAAUAUAUAUUCCUAUAUACAACUUUUCCUAGGGUUCGUGGCUGGUGAAACAUGCCAGCCGGAGUAAUGAUUCCGGCAAGAAACAUGCCAUCAAUGAUCGGGGUUAAUGGUAAUGUUGGUGGGUUUGGAUCAACUUCGGGACUUGCUCUUGGUCAGAUAAUGUUCCAGCCAAACAUGAUGGAAGGUCACGAGUUUCAUCAUCUAGACAUGACACACAACACAUCUGAAGGCGACAUGACUCGAAUUAGAGAUGAAGAAUUUGAUAGUACCAACACAAAAUCAGGCAGUGAGAAUCAAGAAGGCGCUUCAGGUGAUGAUCAAGACCCACGCCCCAAAAAGAAACGCUACCAUCGCCAUACCCAGCAUCAGAUCCAAGAAAUGGAAGCUUUCUUCAAAGAGUGUCCACACCCAGAUGACAAGCAAAGGAAGGAGUUAAGCCGAGAAUUAGGGUUAGAGCCUUUGCAAGUCAAGUUUUGGUUCCAAAAUAAGCGUACCCAAAUGAAGACCCAGCAUGAGCGCCAUGAAAAUACACAGCUUCGAAAUGAGAAUGAAAAGCUUAGGGCUGACAACAUGCGGUACAGAGAAGCUCUUAGCAAUGCCUCGUGUCCUAAUUGUGGAGGGCCAACUGCCAUUGGAGAAAUGUCCUUUGAUGAACAUCAUUUGAGACUUGAAAAUACUAGAUUGAGAGAAGAGAUUGACCGUAUUUCAGCAAUUGCUGCUAGGUAUGUUGGCAAGCCUGUGGUGAACUAUCCUGUUCUAUCGCCUCCAAUGCCUCCACGUCCAGUUGACCUUGGUGUUGGGAAUUUUGGUGGACAACCAGGCUUAGGAGGGGAUAUUUAUGAAGCUGGAGACCUACUAAGGUCUAUUAGUGCACCUACUGAGGCUGAUAAGCCCAUGAUAAUUGAGCUUGCAGUGGCAGCCAUGGAGGAACUAAUUAGAAUGGCUCAAAUGGAUGAACCUUUAUGGAUGAACAGCCUUGAUGGAAUUGAUGCAGUGUUGAAUGAAGAUGAAUACAUAAGGAUAUUCCCUCAUGGUAUUGGUCCUAAACCUACUGGUUUUAAAUGUGAGGCUUCAAGAGAGACUGCUGUUGUUAUCAUGAACCACAUCAACCUUGUCGAGUAUCUCAUGGAUGUGAAUCAGUGGUCUACAUUGUUUUCUGGCAUUGUCUCAAGAGCUUUGACUUUAGAAGUGCUAUCUACAGGAGUUGCAGGGAACUACAAUGGAGCCUUGCAAGUGAUGACAGCUGAAUUUCAACUUCCAACUCCACUUGUUCCUACUCGUGAAAGUUACUAUGUCAGGUAUUGUAAACAACAUGCUGAUGGGACUUGGGCUGUGGUUGAUGUUUCAUUGGACAGUAUACGCCCUGGUCCAGCAGCAAGAUGUCGAAGAAGGCCAUCUGGAUGUUUAAUUCAAGAAAUGCCCAAUGGAUACUCGAAGGUUACAUGGGUUGAACAUGUAGAAGUGGAUGAUAGAGGUGUUCAUAAUCUAUACAAGCAUCUAGUUAGCUCAGGACAUGCAUUCGGGGCAAAACGUUGGGUCGCAACCCUAAACCGGCAAUGCGAGCGCCUUGCCAGUGCCAUGGCAACAAACAUUCCUGCUGGUGAUGCUGGUGUUAUUACUAAUCAAGAAGGAAGAAAGAGCAUGAUGAAGCUGGCAGAGAGAAUGGUGAUAAGCUUCUGUGCUGGCGUGAGCGCCUCUACCGCCCACACAUGGACUACCCUAUCUGGGACUGGAGCUGAUGAUGUCCGGGUCAUGACAAGGAAGAGUGUAGAUGAUCCAGGGAGGCCUCCUGGGAUUGUACUUAGUGCAGCAACUUCCUUCUGGCUUCCAGUUCCACCAAAGAGGGUUUUUGAUUUUCUACGUGAUGAGAACACUCGUAAUGAGUGGGAUAUUCUAUCAAAUGGUGGAGUUGUCCAAGAAAUGGCACACAUUGCUAAUGGCCGGGAUACAGGCAACAGUGUAUCUCUAAUCCGAGUUAAUAGCGCGAAUUCGAGCCAGAGCAACAUGCUGAUUUUGCAAGAGAGUUGCACUGAUCAAACGGCCUCUUUCGUAAUCUAUGCUCCCGUUGAUAUUGUUGCAAUGAACGUGGUGCUUAACGGCGGGGAUCCAGAUUAUGUGGCACUUCUUCCAUCAGGGUUUGCUAUUUUUCCUGAUGGAACCGCAGCGCAUGGGGUGGGCAUGGAAGAAUCUGGGUCUACAGGAGGAUCUCUUCUAACUGUCGCGUUCCAGAUUUUGGUUGAUUCAGUUCCUACUGCAAAACUGUCUCUUGGCUCAGUUGCCACUGUUAACAACUUGAUUGCAUGCACUGUGGAGAGGAUUAAGGCUUCCUUAUCAUGCGAAUCUGCAUGAUCUUUGAAGGUUAAUUUAUAGUUCAUUACCAGAGAAGGAAAAACGAGGGAAUUUUUGUGAAAAAACUCGAAGUUGGUUUCGAUUUUGGGUGAUAGAAGAAUGGGAGAAGUCAAGAACGCACCUCACAUAUUUCUUUUUUGCUUCAUGGCUUUCGUUUUGGGAAAGAAUAAUUAAGAACCAAAGCAUACCAUGAGUGAGAAAAGAUGUUAGAGGUUCGGGAAUUGACUUCGCCAAACAAAGUAAAAGGCAAAUAUAGACCAGACCCCUUGUAAUAUUCCAAGGUUGAUCUACUACUUUUCGCCUUCUUCUUAACUUAGUUGUUAGGGUUUUUUUUAAGCUUGUCAGACCUCUCCGUACUUCUCCUCCACUUGCUAUUUUGUUUGUGUUUUGGAGCACUAGUGGGUGAAAAGCUUACACCCACUGGUAGACAAUGGUUUCUGCUUUUCUACUCUAUCCCAUCUUAAGAGCUUUCGGAAUAGAGAGACUUCUUUUGUAUUUAUUAUUGGUUUGCAUUGUCUUCAACAUAUUUAAAUCUGGGCUUAUUUUC